AUGGCGGAAAGUGAAGUGAAUAACAGAGAAGAGCAGCCAAAGAAAAGGGUGUUUGAUCUGAGAUCAGACUCAAUUGAUGAAUCUGAAGAAUAUUCGGAGAAUUCUAGAACAAAUUUAAGCAACAAAAUGGAUUCCAUGUCUUUCCAAGCUGCUUCAAUUUCUGAAUCUCAAAAUGUAGGAAUGCCUAAACCAGGAACAGGAAUGAGGGACAGGUUCGCCUUCUGUCUGACCAAUUGUACGUCAGUCUCAGAAACUGGAAUAUUUUUAGCUAAGCUAAUCAGUAAUAUUGUUCACAGAUCACUAGAAAUUUCGUUGAAAUUUGAGCCUUCAAAUCCAUGUGUGUCCAGAAUUAUUUACGUUUGA